CUCCUGGUCAGCGACAAGUACCGCUUCUUGUACUGCUACGUGCCCAAGGUGGCCUGCUCCAACUGGAAACGCAUCCUGAAGGUGCUGGACGGGGCGCUGGAGAGCGUCGACGUCAAGCUGAAGAUGGACCACAAGAGCGACCUGGUGUUCCUGGGGGACAUGAAGCCGGACGAGAUCAGCUACCGCCUGAAGAACUACUACAAGUUCAUCUUUGUGCGGAACCCCAUGGAGAGGCUGCUGUCGGCCUACAGGAAUAAAUUUGGGGAGAUCAAGGAGUACCAGCAGAAGUACGGGGUGGAGAUCGUCAGGCGGUAUCGGAAGAACGGGGGGAAUUCGGCAGGCAACGACGUGACCUUCUCCGAGUUUCUGCGGUACCUGCUGGACGAGGAGGUGGAGAGGAUGAACGAGCACUGGAUGCCCAUCUACAACCUGUGCCAGCCCUGCGCCGUGAGGUACGACUUCAUCGGCUCCUACGAGCGGCUGAACACCGACGCCAACUACGUCCUCGAGCGAGUCCAGUCGCCCUCCUUCGUCCGCUUCCCCGAACGGCAGUCGUGGUACAAGCCCGUGACGGCAGAAACACUCCAUUACUACCUGUGCAACACCCAGCGCCGGCUAAUAAAAGAGCUGUUACCAAAAUAUAUCAUGGAUUUCUCCCUCUUUGCCUACCCCCUUCCCAACAUAACCAGCGAAUUCUGCAGGCAAUGA